AUGGACCAGGCAGGGGACUCUCCAGACCCGCUACAGCGCGCCGGAUCCUCUGAACCCAGUUCAACUCGACCCAACCCUUUUGAUGAUAGCGACAUUGCUUCUCGCAAGCGACGACGGACCUCACAGUCGGGAUCACCCUCGAGGUCGGUAGAUGGCACCGAUGCAGAGCUCGACAACGCCAGCUCCGGUAACAGCGCGACGCUUGAUGGCGAUCACGAAGCUACUAGCAACCUAAUGAAUCUUGACGGGGAAACGGUCAACUCAACCAUGUCCAGUCAGCAACCCGACCCCCCUUCCCUGCCGUCAUCAACCAGCGAGCCGACCUCGAGCAAAGUAACAAUAAACCUUCGGAGUCCCCCACAAGAGCAAGACCAUAAUAUACUACCCUCGCCCUCGAAUCCGAUUUUAUACUCGAAAGAUGUUGUUGGCCAUGAAGGGGAUGACUCCCCGGGUCCCGCCAAGUCAAGCUCUUCGAAGUCAGCGAGUCCGCCCAUGGAGCUUGUUCAAAUCCCAGACGCCGAAGAUGAUUUACUCGCUGGAAGAUCUAUCGAUGAAGUCACAGUAAUAGGGCAAACCACAAUUGCCAUUGAUCCGACCGACCAGUUCCCUUAUCAUGAUGCGCAGGAAUAUCGUUACGAAACAAUACAGCGGUUGGUCCAUUAUAUAGCUACCAGCACAUCGACAGAUGAAAACGUCAUUGGUAGUUUGCAGCGUUGGUUCGCUCAAUUCUUAACCUUCGCAAAAAAUGCGGAUCGCAACCGGCUCGUCGCGUCCCUCAGAAACAACCGUAAUAUGUGGUUGGCAUUCCCAGAGAUAAUCACUGCUGUCCGUGAACGAAAGUAUGUGUUUGUGACCGCCUGUCCUGGUAACGAAUCAAAUGCUGACGGCUACAGGCCUUCUCCUAACGAGGAUCCGGACUUGCGUGAGCUUAUUUUCGACUUCCAAAUGGAUUUCGUUCAACUCACUGCAAUUCUUGUUGAUAUUGAUAUAUCUCUCCUUCACAGUAGCCCUGGGCAGAUGGUUUCUGGUGAAAGCCCACCCGAGCUAUUCUCCGGGGUCUUUCUUCACCACCUGCACUUAUUAACUCGGCGAGACAACUUGUUAUACGACGAUGAAUGUUUUGAAAUCUCCGGAAUCACUCUUGGAGUGUCUGAUGACAAGGCAUCACUUGUUAAAAAGUUCGAUUCCGCCCUGAAUGGCAGCCUUGGUCGCCUUGAUGAGUUUGCGACUCUGCUUGUGGGAGCUUUACCAUCGUUCCCGAAACUUCUCGUCCACCUUGCCUAUGUGACGGAGAUGGUUUUUUGUGUAGCACAGCUGGGGUUUUGUCUUCCGAUCCCUCAAUCCAACGGGGCUGGUCGACGUCUCAGAGAUCUGGGUACCGAACAUCGGCUUUUUUUGACGGCGUCAGCUUGUCUGGAACAUCUAUUUGAAAAAAAAGUCACACAAUUAACAACAGAUGGAGUCUCCUGCAUGAUAUCAAGCUUGGCUGAACUCCUCAAGGUUUGUAUGCAAGGCAACCAUCGCCAAGCUGAGGAUAUCCACGCCCAGCACCAAAGUGAUCACGGCUACCUCCCUAGCGCAUCUGUCCCGGAAGCAGUGUCAUUCGAAUGGCGGUUUGAUGUUCUUGGAAAGUUGAUACGCUCGAGCCAGAUGCAGCUACGCGUCCUUGCCGCUACGACAAUGUGUACCGAGCUUGUUAGCUUAUGGCGACGACUGGGAGAGCACCCUGAGAACCCUUUGCUUAAGCAUCUAGGCACAUACCUUCUCCGGAGCCAGAUUAUCGAAUACAUAAUUGGACCAAAUUGCCAUCCUGAGAUUAUCGUUGAAAGCUCCAACAUAGUUGGGUUUUUAGUCGUUACCAAGAUUUAUCAUAAGGGCCAUACUGAUCGGUUGUGGCAAGGCGUUACUUCCAGCCCGGAUCCUCGCGUUUCCGAGGCCUUGGCUCGCUUGGUUACUACCAUUAUGAAUCUAUUUGAAAACCAAACCAUGCUGGAAUUCUGCGAAAAGUUCUGCCACCUUCCCAUAGAAUCCUUCACACCCCCCAUCCGCAACCUUUGGGAAGUGCUCCUCCGCCAGAUGUGCCAGAAAGCCCAAGCUGAGAAUAGAACGUUGGAAUAUUGGCCUUACGAACUCUGUGUGCGCCUCCUCAGAGAAUCCUCGGCCUGCUCCCAUGGCUCACAGGUUGCUUCCCCCGAACUGCAACUCUUGGCUAUGCAAAAAUUCAGAGAAUUGCUGAACCAUGGGCCUGACCAAGAUGGCCGUGAGCACUUGUAUAUGACCUGCCUUGAGGAUGUGUCACAAAAGUCGCGAACAAGUCUGGGUAGCCUGUGGUGCCUUUCAAUGGCGAUUCGACCAAUAAUUUCUCGCGAGAUUCAAGUACUGACACAGGAGCAUGACUUGAUCCGACUCAUCGUUGAGGAACUUGAGCAUGCUGUUGCGACUGGUAAGGAGAUGAAUAUACCGGCAGUGCUCUGCGGAAAUAUCAACCAGCCAAGGUGUGAUUUUGUCACCAGCAUUAUAUUAUAUGAGCCAUCUUCCAUUGAUGGAGAGACCGGAAAGAAACUGUGGGAUCUUCUGGUCGGGCCUUUGUCAUUAUGUCAGGGAGAUAGAGAAGCCGGAUGGGGUGUUCUCAAUGACGUUGUCAGAAAGUCCGCGACUCCAAACCCCUUUAUACAGACAUGUCUGGUGGAGUAUUUACCUUCCCUCCCCCCGGAAUGUUUUUGCGCAGGCCUCUUGGAAUUCGUCAAGGAAGAAGCAUUAGACCUGGUCGAUGUGGGUCGAGACUUCCAACUUGACGAUGAUGCCAGCGUUUCCGCAAGUUGCUUGGGCCAGCUAUGGAGAAUAAUUCUUACGGCCGAUAAUCAAAGCUUGGUCCAAAAGGCCAUCGAAAUUCUUGCUGUGGAGGUGUACCUGCAAAACGCCUUGCUCUCUACCUACGCGUCAGAUCGAACAAGGCAGGUUCAUUCAGCUCUUGUGACUCGAUGCUUCAGCCAGAUGAGAGACGCCACCAGACAGAUCAAAUCAUACACGGAGGGCAGUUCGAGCGGUGACGAAGAGUCUAUGGUUAUUGUUGUUAGUGAGGAGAAACUUCACGAGCAAGAGCGCAUAUUCACUCGGUCGUUGCAAUUGCUUCGGUAUUUCCACAAUGUGUACCAAUCGAAGCCACAUCUUGCAGCACCAGAUCUAAGGUCUCUCAUGUCAUUCAAGCCCUCAGAGAUCGAAGGUGAUUUGGCCCAGCUCAAGUAUCAGUCUUUUGAUGGCGCGCAACAUACUGAGGUUAGGCCAUUGAAUAUCGGGCGGCGAAAUACUGCCGCCUCCCUCCUGGCCAGCAUCAGGGAAGAGACGGGGUUCCAGAAGUACAAGGCAUAUUACCGAGGCCAGCCCUUUCUCCCUGACGAACGGCAAGUUUGCAAGUCAUUGGAGGACUUGCAAAUUCACGAAGGUUUAAUCCUUGUCAAACGCGAAAAAGAAGAAGACACUGGCGGUUCUGUUAAGAUCCAACCUGGCUCUUCUCCCUUGCAAAUUGAGAUCAUGGGCCACUUUGAAGAAAUGUGGGAAUGCCUUACGUUGGAGGAUAAGCUAGCCCGCGAGAUUCUUGAUUUUUUGAUAAACCUCCCUGCCGACACUCGUACCAUGGAAAGAAUUGAAGAUGAUUCAAUUUCCCAGGCUGACAUAUUCCCCCCCCAGCAGCCUUUUCGGACACUCUACGCGAUGUAUACUUUGCUGAAGUACAAGACGCUUGCUCAACGGUCAAACCAACCUCCUGGGCACUUGCCAAGCUUGCAUGAUUUUCCUCGGAACUCCUACGAGGAAGCCCGCAAGAGAUCUGUUCGCCUUAUCGUUGAGGCCGUUCUUUCUUCAGACAUUCUCGCCCACUAUGCGGAGCCUCUUCAAAUGGAGAUUGCUAGUGCUGCGAUGAAUGUACUGGCUCAAUGGUUCCUGGAAAUAGCAGUGCCUACAGAGAAGCCUGAUCCCUCAUCCUCGACAAUCCCAUCUCUUUCUGAGCUACCAUCCCCGCAGAGUUUAAUCAAGCUCUUGAUUGGUGGCGCCAACUCGAGGGACUACAUGAGCCGAGAUCUUGUCAUCUACACGUUCCAGGUUCUUCUGCAACUCGGCGUCCUCAACGAGGGCUUUUGGAGUCAACUCAUUUCGGAUUCUUCGUUCCUUGAGGUAGUUCGCAUGCUCCUCCUCUAUGACGAAAGGAAGCAAAUACGCGCAACUGUUGCAAAGAUUGUGGUCGAUUAUCUCAACCAGGAGCUAUCUCUUGCAGCCAUGCACAAUACUGGUUUUGGAGUGGCCGACUUCUUUUGGCAAGCUUUGUCGAAAGUUCUUCGUCAAGCCACAAUCCAUCCAGACCAGUGUCAUGAGGUAUUCCAGGUCUCAAAUUUGAUCCUCCGCCAUGCGGCUAUGCAUAAUCGCGCAUUGGAUGGAUUAUCUGAUGUAGCUGUAGAGGCCGGGCAUCUGUUGUUGGAGCAUACAUCAACUGAAGAUAUCGACCAGACGGACCCCUUCGACCCUGUGGCGAAAGGCCUUGCCUUGUUCCUGUCGGGAAGUUUACAGGCUGACGUCAAGAUAUCUGACUCUCUCAAAUUUCGAGAACUAGCAGAUGGCCUGUUCUGGAAGCAUCUCUUCCCUCACACACGGUCGGUGGCCUUAGAACCUGUCCCGAAAGUCAUCUUAAACAUCGACACACGCAAACAAUUAUGCGAGAUCGUCUUCAGGUUGGCGAGAGAUAACAGGGAAGAAUUCGUCACUCUUCUGAAGAGCAUGAACACUGUUCUGCCCUUCUUCGCCACUGAUGAUGAUGAACCAUAUCUAUAUGACACGCCUCCCAGCUUCGAUCGCUCAAGAGCGGUAAGGGCCCCAUGUGGCUACGUUGGAUUGAGGAAUCUUUCAAACACAUGCUACCUCAACUCGUUGCUCACUCAGCUUUAUAUGAAUACGGGUUUCCGUCGUUUUCUACUGACUACCCAGGUGCGAGAUGCGGAAGGCUCCCAACAGCUGCUCCAUUUUGCGAAGAAGGUUUUCGGCUUCAUGCAAGAAAGUUACCGUCGGUUUGUUGACCCUGCCGACCUUGUCAGCUCUAUCAAGAACUAUGAUGAUUCUCUGAUCGAUAUUCAUAAUCAAAUGGAUGUGGAUGAAUUCUACAACCUUCUAUUCGAUCGAUUUGAAGGUCAGCUCUUGUCUCCCCUAGAGAGAAAGGAGCUGCGAUCGUUUUAUGGAGGGAGACUGGUCCAACAGAUCAAGUCCAAGGAAUGCCAGCACAUCUCGGAGCGUCUUGAUACCUUUUCAGCUAUCCAGUGUGACAUAAAAGGAAAACAUAGCCUGCAAGAAAGCCUGCAGGCCUAUGUAGAUGGCGAAGUCCUUGAAGGGGAUAACAAAUAUAAAUGCUCGACAUGUGACCGCCACGUCGAUGCUGUCAAACGAGCCUGCCUCAAGGACCUCCCCGACAACAUGAUUUUCCAUCUGAAGCGGUUCGACUUUAAUUUGCGAACUCUACAGCGGAACAAAAUUAACGACCAUUUCUCCUUUCCUCCCCGAAUUGACCUGAAACCCUACACUGUCGACUAUCUGAGUGAUCCGGACGGGCCAGCAAGCAAGGAAGAAGACAUUUUCGAGCUUGUUGGAGUUCUGGUUCACGCUGGCACGGCCGAAUCGGGUCACUACUACUCCUACAUUCGCGAAAGGCCUUCACGACCAGGACGGGCCAGCUGGGUUGAAUUCAACGACGACACUGUGACCCCUUGGGACCCAGCCAUGAUGGAGGCGUCGACGUUUGGGGGUCCGGAUCAGCGAUCCACAUUGGAGACUGGCGGUGCUGUGUACGACAAGUCCUACAGUGCAUACAUGCUAUUCUACGAACGAGCCUCUUCCUUGAGGAAGCAGGAAGAAAUGCUGGGGCAAGAAGUUCCCUUACCGCUACGCCUUGGUUCGGAUGCGCAACAGAAGGAGUAUAUCCUGGAUGAAAAUACGGUUUAUCUCCGGCGGCACUGUCUGUUCGAUCCUAGCCAUGCGGAGUUGGCCGAGAAAUGCUUCAAGCAGGCAAGACUGCUUGGAAACGAGACGAAGGCUGAGAACACGCUUUAUGGUUCGGACCAGGACUGUCUCGAUGGAGGGGCGGCGGGCCACAAAGUUCAAGAUCUGGCUAUGGAGGUUUUACUCAGCCAUUUCGACCAAGUCGUUACCCGCAAGAAAGACCUACCCGACUUUCUAGGAUUUUCCAGAGCAAUUUCCGGAGCAAUUGAGACAUGCCGCCGCUGCGCCUUAUCUUUUUAUGAGUACUACCGUAUUAGGCCCGCAUCCUUCCGGUCUCUGAUCCAGCGUAACCCUGACCAGGGUGUUCGUCAGAUGACAGGAACGCUCUUCAUCUCUUCAUUGAAGAAAAUAUCCGAGGGAUUCCCCAAUUAUUACUAUCCCGCGCUCGACAGUAAAUCAGAGGACGAACAUGAUUCUGUGGAAGAGGUUGAUAAGGCACUUAGUCGCCGCAGCAGCACGACGAACGGACCCGGAGUUUCAGUGAUAGAAGGCUCUAUGGAGAUAUUCAAGUACCUCUGGGGAUUCUUUCAAAUCCAUAUUCGGGCCUGGGACGAUCAUUUUCAGACUAUGCUUCGUUUUGCCCAAUUGGGGCACCGGGAAACAGCUCACCUUCUCGCCGAAGACUUUCUCCUGAAACUUCUCAUGAUCAUUGCGCCAGACGCCUCACUGGAAAUACCCGCCAACUAUUCCCGGAUGUUGAACAAUAUACUGCGCCGAGUUAGUACCCGGCCCCCGCCCUAUAGCGCCGUCAUUGCAUUGAUCGGCCACCUGUUGCAAUGCCUUGAGCCGAUAAUGAGUGUAGAUACCAUUGUGGAAUCUCCUUACGAUCGGUUGGAUAUGACAAGCGCUCCAUUCCCUUGGACGUCCUCGGAGGUUUCAUUUCUUCACCAACACCCAGAGAAGCGAAACGCUUCGUUCUUUGUUGAGAAGCUGUUGGCCAUAGAUCAAAUGCAUUCCAUCACGGAUAACAUCAUAAUUCAACUGACGAAGAGCGCCGAGCACAUGGACGGAGCGAUAGCGCAAACAUUAAGGAAUUGUUUACGCCGGGAUGACCCACAGCAUCCGAUCGAGCCCUACCUACGAGCAUCACUACGAUAUGUUGAGAGUACCCAUUCACAGCUGCGCGCGGAGCAACAUGUAGCUUUUGUUGCGAGCCAGGCUAAGCGAAUGCAUUUCGCGGAAGGCGCGCCACUCCUGUCAUUUUUUAGGAUGGUACUUGAAGUCUAUCGAGCGGAAGUGACUGAGAUGAUCCAGAUGCAUGACCACUGCCUCAGUCUGGGCCCCGAAUGGGCCCCUGGGUUAUUGGUUCACCCUACGGCUCACGUGAGAGCCAAGAUAAUGGAGAUUCUUGAGCUGGAGUUAUUUAGACAUUUUGACGUUCAGGAUGUGGAUGAAGAGGAUGACGAGGGGAAGCCAACUGAUCUGGUUAUUCAAACAACACAGCGGCUAGGAAUGGCAUGCCUUGCCUUCUUGCGAGAAGUCUAUGUCCGGAGACGAACAGGUAUCACUCGAGAACAAGCGGCCGAUGUUGGGAGAGUAGUGGCCAACUGUGCAUUGGCAUUUGAGAGACCUGAUCCGGCAAUGGAGACGCUCGCUGUCGAAUUCACCCUUGCAAGGGAAGAGGUGAUGGAUUCUCUCUGGAGGCAAAUUGUGGAAGAGUUGGAGGAAGACGGGUCUGAGUGGGAAGGAUCUUGUGGCUCGUCAGAGCCAAUGGAUGGCAUUGCAGAUAUGAGCAUGCAGGUCAUGCAUGACCUGAACGAAACGCAUAUGGCAUGA